AUGACAUCUGCAUCAGAAACGGAAGGAGAAGGAAGUCCUUCAAUACCCAAAACAGCAAAGGAAUUAGCAAAGACCAGAGGCAAAGGACCGGCAGAAACAGCUUUCAAGACAGUCUUUCCAGAUAUCACACUUUGCAUACCGCCCGUCCUAAUGCACGAUGCUGGUAGGGCGGCAUCAGAACAAUUAGACUCACUUUUGAUGAGAUACGUACCACAAUUCGAAGGAGUUUUGAUGAGUCAUUCAAACUUAAACUUUAAGCAGAAGCUCGGAAAGAUUGAUGGAGAUGGAGCAUUUGCAAAUGUUUUGGUUGGUGUCAAUGGUCUUGUUUGGGCGCCAAAGAUAGGGAUGAGACUAGAAGGAAAGAUCAAGCUUUCAACGCCUUCUCAUGUUUCCCUUUUGGUUCAUGGAAUCUUUAAUGCUUCUAUCACUUCAGCGCAUCUC